AUGCAGCAAUGCAGCAAUAUCUCCUUCUUGUCAGCGGAGGUGCAGUCUUGGCUACUGCAAGUGUGCGAAGCAGCGCGGAAUGACACGUUGCUUCUGGUUCGACCAGAGGUGCUCUGCUGGAUUGAAGCUUGGCGCAGCUUCGUCCUGAGGGUCGGUGGCAGCUUUCCAGUGACACCAAGGAGAAUGGCGUCGGAAGCGCUGCAAGCAUUUUUCCACCAAGAGGUGUCGGAUCUUUUCUUGAAGGAUCUUGCAACAGAUGCUGAAAACUUUACAGGACAUCCAAAAUUUACGGUUAUGCGGCUCUUGGUAAAUGCUCCGCGCAAUGGUGGCCUGCAAUUGUUGCAGCCGUUGAAAUCCAGAUGGAUGCGAUUUGUGGAAGAUCUGAACCGCCGUGCUCCGACUUCAGCGGGGUUUGCCCUGAUGGUGUCGCACGCGUGGACUGCAAUGGACAUGGAGGAGUCGAUCAUGUCCAAAACGCUGACAUCCGUCAUCCUGUCCGUUGGAAUUGCGGUCGCUUGCGUUGUCAUCUUCAGCCAGAACAUCAUGAUCGGCCUUCUGGUCCUACUGACCAUUGUGCUGGAAGUAUGCCCGCUGUUUGGCUUCCUGUUUGGAGUCAUGCGGUAUGAAUUCGGGGCCAUAGAAGCCGUUGGUGUCGUGACCUUCGUUGGUAUGAGCGUGGACUACUGCUUGCACUUGGCGCAUGGCUACUAUGUCGCAGAGCGGCCAUGCCGCAGCGAGAAGAUGCAGCUCGCACUUGUGAACCUCGGGCCAUCCAUCCUGGGUGGUGCGCUGACCACCGCUGCAGGAACUGCAUUCCUUCUGCCAUGCCGCAUCGUACUUUUCGUCAAGCUUGGUACGAUGCUGGUUGCCAACACCAUGCUGUCUCUGCUGUACACGUUCCUUUUCCUUGGCCCUUUGCUGAUGAUUCUGGGACCACUGGGCGAUGUUGGCUCAUUCUCCUGGCUUGGUCGCACUUGCUGUGGAUGCUGCAGAAGAUGCCGAACUCCAACAUGCUUGCGGAGGCGUCAACCCGCUGUCGGUGAUGUACCUCUCACGUCCAAGGGGCAGGAAAGAAAGUCUCGCACAACCAGCAUCUCCCAUGUGCGAAGGCAAACGCAGGUUGACAUGCCGCUGCAGCCGGUUGAGCACCGUCAAAAGCGCGAGACGAAGGUCCGUUUUGACAGAGACAUGGCCAUGGGAGAUGAUGGAACGUCCAGCUUUCGAGAGUCACGGCAGCUGGGAAAGGGAUCGACAAAGCGAAUUGACAGGAAAAGCUCUCGAUUACAACGCAAGAGUGAGGCCCAGAGCACCGGUGAGGUUGUUGGCGACGUGUCCUGA